AUGUGGGUAUUUGGUGGAUAUAGUGGAUCUGAGCCUUUGGCAGAUUUUUGGUGUUUGGAUUUGGAAACUAAAAUUUGGACACAAGUUGCUUUUGAUAGAACUAAGGCACCAGAAGCUAGAUAUGGACAUUCUGGUGUUAUUAUGGAUAUGAGUCUUGUUUUUGAAGCCCAAGCUAAGAAAUUAUAUAUUGAAAUGAUGAAAUCAGAAAUUGAUAAGAGUGAAAUUAAAAUGCCAACAAUCGAAAAGAAUCAACAUCAUAUGGUUAUCAUGUUUGGAUUUUCAAAUAUUCAUGCAAUGUAUAUAGGUAAAAUAACUGAAGCAUUGAAUACUAAAAAUAUUGGUGGAACUUGUUUUAAUGAUGUUUGGUCAUUUAGUUUUACAACAAGCAAAUGGCAUUGUUUGACAGAUCCAUCAAAAAGUAUUUAUGAUGAUAAGGAUAAGAAUAUUAUUACAAAAGUAGUUGAUGUUACAAAAGGUGUUACAAAUGCUACAGUUUCUCAAGUGAAAGGUUUUGGUAAACAAUUGGGAAUUUCUGGUAAAACAGCUUGGUCAGAAAUUGCACGAUUCACACCUUUUUACUCCUACAGUAGCACAACAAGUUAUGGUUCUGUUGCAACAACUUUAGACCAACCUCCUGAUGAAAGAUAUUCAUCUGCAGCUGUAAAUAUUGGACGAGGAUGUAUUUUAAUAUUUGGUGGUGUAAGAGAUUACACACAUAGAAGAGAUUGUCAUAUUUUGGAUCUUGUAAAUGAAUCAUUUGUUCCACUUCCAAGAAUGAUUAAACUUAAUGACUCUUGGCCAACUGCAAGAAAAGGACACAUCAUGAUUUACGAUUCAAGUGAUGAUUGUGUUUAUGUAAAUGGAGGUAGUAAUUUUAAACAAGGUAUUCAAGCUGGUAUUGCUACUGUUGAUGUUAAACAAGUUAUUGAUUUACUUAAAGUUGGUGUUGGAGAUUUGAAUAUUAGUGAAGAAGAUGAUGUUGUCGUGAAAGCAGAAAAUGAAUUGAAAUCUACUGAAAAACAUUUGUAUGAAGAUGUGAAAGUUGAUAAAACACAAGAAGAGAAGAAUCAACUUGUAAAAUUGAUUGAAGCAGAAACAAUCAAAAUUAGAAAGAAUCCUAAGAAUAUAGAACAAUAUAGAACAAGAGCUGAGUGUUAUAUGAAAUUGAAAAUGUGGGACAAGGCUAAUAUUGAUGUAGAGGAAGGUCUGAAACUCAGACACGAUGAUAGUGAUUUUAAAACCAAGAAGGGUAUUAUUUUUUACAGACUCAAUGAUCAUAUUUCUGCCAGAUUAAUGUUAACAGAUGUAAUUUCAGAUGAAGAAUCAAAAUUAAUGAAGGGUAAAUUCCCUAACAAUUUGAUAUUGAGGAGUUACAAGAUCAGAGCAAAGUGUAGAAUUAAAGAACGUAACUUUAAUGAGGCAAUCAAUGAUGCCAAUAGAUUCCUCAAAUAUGUUGAAAUGCUUGAUAUGAUAGAUAUCAAGGAAAAGAAAACAAUUGAUUACGCUUCAAUUGGAUCUUGGAUGACCUCUGUAUAUAUUGUAAAGGCCACAGCAUUUGAAAGAAAGAAGCAAUAUGACACUGGCUUGACCACCAUUGACAGUGCUGAAGAGCAAAUUCAACAAUUUUUCAAAAAGGCCAAUAAGGCUGCUAAUUUCAGUUUUUCAAAUAUUCUUUCAUUCAAAAAUGAAAAACCACAAGAUGUUUAUCUGAGAGAAAAACUUGAAAAGUUUGAACGAUUCCUCUCUGAAAAGAGGGAUAGAAGUAUGAUUGUUGAAAGUUUGUUUGACAAAGCUAAGGAUUUAUUAGAAUCUUACAGAGAAAAAAUUAAUAAGAUUGAUGAAAUUAGAAUGAAAGAGCAAGAAGAAAUUGUAGAAGAAGAAUCUCAAACUCUUGAUCUUUUCUUUGAAGAAUAUUUAUUUAAGGAAAUUGAUGUAAAUAUGGAACAAUCUGAUUGUGAUCAGGCUAUUGAUUUGUUAAAAAAAGUUAUUUCAUUCGAGCCAUUUGGUGUCAAGUACAUUAUUGCCUUGGCUGAUGCUUUUUAUCUCAAGACAGACUAUAAGCAAUGCGUAAAAUAUGCAAAGAAAGUUUUGGAAAUGGCUGUCGACUAUUGGAAAGCCUAUUAUAUUAUUGGUUCAUGUUAUUUGGCCAAAAGAAAGGUUACCAAGGCUAUUGAAUUUUUUGGACAAGGUGUUGAAAACUGUGAGGUUGUAAAUGCUGCUGAUGAAUUCUUGGAAAUGGAUGGAGUUUCAGUUAAUGAAGGGUUCAAUCAAUUAAAACAAGCACUCAAGGACGCAGAAAAGAAGAAGGAAACCAUGCAAAAAGCAGCCAACUUAUCAAUUUAUGCCAAACAGUUAUUCCAACAAGGAAAUUAUGAAGACGCCCUACUCACUAUCAAUGAAGUUAUUGAAAAGGAUCCAACUAAUAUUUCCUAUCUUUCAGAUAAGGUUGAUAUUUUGUUAGGAAAGAAGAAACACUUGAAUGCCUUGAAAGUUGCCGUUCUCGCCUCUAGAAUCUCACCAAAGAGUUAUGAAGGUUACCUGUGUCAGGGUGUUGCUUUACAGUUUUUAAAUAGAUACCAUCAUUCUAUUACAGUUCUGGAAGCAGCCAUGAGAAUGUUCCCUGAAAACUCAAACAUUAAGAGUCAAUUCAUGAAGUCUAAGGAUUUAUAUAAGAAGAAACAACUUGCCCAAAUGAAAUAUGAAAGAGCCUUGUUUAUUUUCCAAGAUGUCGAAAAGGAAAUUGUCACUGAAAAUCCUAAAUUUACACUUUACAAAAUUAAUAUUACAAGUUUAGAACUUCCCCAAAAGACCAUUGCACAAAUUGAACAAAUAGUCAGUUUAUUGGAUGAAGCCAUUGAUCUUUAUCCACACAGUGCAGAUUUUUAUUUAUCCAAAGCAAGAUGUAAAUAUUUACUCAGACAAUAUAUUCAUUGUGUAUCGCAUAUUAAGGAGGCUAUUGAAGUGAUGAGACAAAUUACUGAUGGUCUCUAUCUUUCCUUCCUUGGUCAAAGAUAUAAAAAGGCAGAAACUGAUGAUGAAAAGAAGGAAGAUACAGUCGAUAGAGUUAAUGUAGACGUCAUUUAUGAAGCUAUUUCUCUUGGUGCAAGAGCUUAUACCUCAAUGCGUCAAUUCGAUAUUGCCACUAACUAUCUUAAAGAUAUGACUUUUAAACAUAGAGCACAAAAGAAGAGAAAAAUUGAAGAAUAUGAACGUCACUUGUAUCUUCAAUCUGAACAUAUUGAAAAGUUAGAAGAUUUAACAAAGAAAGUAGAAGAUUUGAAACGAACAAGAGACAAGUUUGAUUUCCUUGUUAAAGCAGGUAUGAAAUCCAAGUCCAAAAAUGACUUUUAUGAAGCGAUAAGACAAUUUACUGAAGCUCUCUCAUUGAAAAUAGAAGAUAGUGAAGAAAAGACUCAAGAUGAUAGAGAUUAUGCUUCAUUAUACUUUGAAAGAGCUGAAUGCUAUUAUGAGAAUGAAGAAUUUGAAAAAUCUAUUGAAGAUUGUAGACAAGCUGUUAAAUUAGAAAGUACAUUCCCCCACUUUUAUGUAUUAUUGUGUAAAUCAUUGAUGGAAACAGGAAAUCUUGAAGAAAGUAUUGAAUUGUGUAAUAGUGCUCUUGCUCAAUCUCCAUUCAAUACACCACUCAAUGAUGUUUGGCAUAAUGUAAAACUUCAAACAGCUAGUUUUGAUGCAGAGAAGAAAUUUGAAGAAGGAAGAGAAGCCAUUGAAGCUGAAGAAUUUGAUGUAGCUAUUAAUUGUUUGAAUAAGGCCAUCAGAUUACGUCCAAAUAAUAUUGAAUAUUUAUUGGCAAGAUCGAAAGCAUUAUUCGAGAGACAAAAGUUCAAAAAAGCUCUUGAUGAUUCCACCAAGGUUUUAAAGUUCGAUCCAAAGAAUAUUAUUGCUAUUAGAUUACAUUCUGAUAUCCAUUUAGAACUCAAAAAUUUCUCAGAAGCUAAAACCUUAUUACAAAACGGUAUGGAUAUGUAUCCAAAUGAUCAAACUUUGAGAUUGAGAUUGGAAAAAUUAAUCAGAAUUGAAAGCCAAUGGAAUGAAGCCUAUUUGAGAGCAAGAGAUGCUGAAGAUUGUUAUGCCAAUGGAAAUUAUGAACAAGCACUUGAACUCUACUCUAGUGCUAUUCACCUACACGAUGAUUGUGCCCAAUAUUUAUGUAGAAGAGCCAGAGUGUUACUUAAACUUUCUCAACCAGAAAUUGCAUUGAAAGACGCUCAAGAAGCUCUCCUACAUGAUACUAGUGAAGAAGUUUAUGCUACCCUUGCAACAAUCUAUUUGGAAUUGUGUGAUUAUGAAAAGGCUAAGGAAAUUAUUGAAGAAAGUUUAACAUUUGACGAUGAAGAAGCUAUGGAUAACUUACUCUUAUUGAAAGAUGAAAUUUAUGAUAGAGAAUCAAAGAGUAUUACUGCAGCUGAAAAAGAUGAAGAAGGUCAAAUCUUCUUUGAAAAUUAUACAGCAUUCUUGAAACGUAAAAAAGAUGAAAUCAAACAAGAAAUUAAAAAUUCAAAGGAAGAAGAUGAAAGUCUCUACACAUCCAUAUUUAGUGCACUCAGUGUCUUUAGUUAUGGUGGAAAGAAAGAAAAGAUUGAAAUUGAAGAAGAGGAUGACAGUUAUGAAGAUCUUCAAAAGGCACAAGAAUUAUUCUCUGAAGCUGUCUUAUUGGAACCAAACAAUAAGAGAUAUCUUCGUCACCACAUUGAAUCACUCAUGCUCGAUAAAGACCCUGAAAGACAUGAUGAAGCAAUGACUCAAUCUGCAACGAUGAUCAAAAUGUUCCCUAACUAUACUGACGGUUUCUGUACAGCUGCCAAAUUACAUGCAGAAAAAUUCAGAAAUACCUACGAGUCACUCUUCUUAUCUGUUAUGGGUUUAGAACAUGAUAGAGAAAGGCAGGGUUUAUCUGUUCAAAUUCUUAGAACUGUUCUCAAUAUUAUUGAUAAUUAUGAAAUUCCAAUCAUGAAGAAUUCAAAGACUUUGAAAAAACUUGGUAAAGUUCAAGACAAGUCUGAAAUGGCAUUUGAUAGUGCUACAGCUUUCGAAGAAUUGGAAGGUCAUGAAAUUAUGGAUAAUGUUAUUGGAACCAUUAAUACUCCUUCAACAAAGAAUAAGAAGGAAGCAGAUCAAGAUGUCAAUGUUCCAAGUUUGAGUCUUGAUGAAUUAUUGGAUGGUGAAGAUUUUGAAGAUUUACUCAAAAAUACUCAAGAUGAAGCAACCAGCCCUGUGAUCCCAACUGGAAAGAAUAGAAAAUCUGUUAAAAUUCACAAAAUUUCAAACAGAAAAGAACAAGUUGAAUUUACCAAAAAGCUCUAUGAAAUGGAUAGACAAAAUAACAUUAUGAGAGAUCCAUUUUCUAAUAUUAGAGCAGUUUUAACAGGAUUUUCAAGAGCUUCUGUUACUAUUUUGAAAUCCCAACGUGAGGAAGCAUUUAAUCUUGCUGCUAGAGCUGUUUUUGUAAUGUACUUUGAUGUUAAUAUUGGUAUGCCAUCAGAAAAGUUCAAUAUUUUGUAUAAUAUUGUUGCGGAAGCUUGUUUUGUUGGAGAUGAUCUGAAAGACUACAAAUUGAGAGAAUUGAAAAAACUAGGAGUUAAAAAUCUACUUUUAGAAGAAUGUACAACAAGAUAUCACAGAUUUGUUGAUUCUGAAGAUGAACACCCAUUCUAUGCUAAAAAGCACUUUGAAUCAGAUCGUGAAUAUGACAAUUUCAUUGAAACUGAAACAAAGAAUAUUGAUGAAGCACUUUCUCAAUUCAGUUUAUCACUUGAUGAUGUAAAGAAGAGGCACGAUAAUGGUGAUGAAGAUGUUAGAUAUAGACAUGUUAUUAUCCAACAAUUUAUUGAUUGUAUUCUUCAAUAUUCACUUUUUACUGUUGAAGAAAAGAGAAGCUCAGCAGCUGAUAGCGAUGAUGAAGAUGAGGAAGAAGAUAAAUCAACCAAAGUUAAAACUAAGAUGUUGACACUUAAAGAUGAAUCUCUCGAAGUUAUUCAAGCUGUUUCUAACUUUUAUGGAUAUGGAGAUGGUGUCUUUGCAUUCUUGGUCUUGUUGGAAAAACUCUCAAGACAAUUCAAACAUUCCUACUCUGAAAUUGGUAAUAUUUACAAGUGUUUACUUCACUUGGUAAGAACCAUUAUUACAAGAAAUCUUUCUGCUGCAGGAAAAUUGAAAAAGAAGGACAAAUUACUUGAUGAUGAUCCAGUUAUUGAUAGAUAUUAUUUGACAUCCUCUGAGAAGAGAAUCUUUGCCCAAGCAGCAAAGAAUAUUAAUAGAGAGUUGAGUUUCAUUAUUGACAAUCACUGGAAAUCAGCAAAUGAAACUAUGGAUACCAUUAUCAUGUUUGCUGUUAAGGUUUCAACUUUAAUUCAUGCCUUCUCAUGUAUGGCAGAUCCUGAUGGUAUUAAUCAUGGUUACAAAUCACUUUCAAUUGCAACAAAGGAAGGUAUCGAAAAUAGUAUGGUUAAUUUGUUUGAUUAUUAUAGAGGUAAAAUUAUUAACAAAUUAGCAGAGAAAGAUCCAAAUUUACAACCUGAUGAGAGUGGAGGUCUUCAUCCAGUUCAAUUAUUAUGUCUCAUUGAAGUUUUAAAUGAACAUUUACCACGAUAUGAAACUCAUUUCGAACCUACUUUCCCUUCAAGUGUUGGUGUAAUGAAAAUUGUGUCUAAUCAAGUCUAUUCAUGUAUUGAAAUUGAACUACACAAGUUAAAAUCAAGCAAAUUUAGAUAUUACACUGAUAGAGGAGAACUUCCUUUAGGUUUAUUCGAUUUACCAUCAAAGAUUGAAAAGAUUUAUCAAUUAUUAGCUGACCAUGCUAAUGUUCAACCAUAUGCACUUAAAGAUAUCUUCAUUCCAUAUGUUUACAAGUGGAUUGAAACGUUUGAAAAGAGUGCAACUUCAUGGUGUAAGAAGGCAGUUGACUAUGGUGAAUGGAAACCAAUUACUCAAGAUGUUAGUUAUACUACAUCAGUUAUUGAUACAUUCACAUCAUUAAGACAAAGUUUAAUUAUUUUAGAAACAAGUUUACAAUUCUUAAAAUCAGAAAUUCAACCACCUGCCCAAUAUGCCUCUGAAUCAAUUUUGGAUUCUUUUAGAACUUUGGCUGAGUCUACAAAUUCCAAGUUUGGAACAGGUAACUCUUCACUUGAAACUCUUCCUCUCAUCUAUGUAACCUAUACACACGUUAUUGCAACAGUUAUUGAAAAUUAUGCGACUAUGAAUUUGGAAAUAUUUAUUGAUAAUACCACAAAGAUGAAAAAGAUUGAAGAAGAAUAUGUCAAUAGAAAAACAAGUGCCAAAUAUAAGGAUAUGUUAUUGAAGAGAAAAACUACUGUUCAACAACAACAACAGGAAGAAGAUUUGUAUGAAGAAACUAGAAAGGAUGUUCACAAACAAAUUGUUUCUAAAAUGGGUUUAUGUAUGAAUAAUAUUUUAGAAACUAUUAAUCAAGUGAGAUCACUCUCUGAAGAUAUUCACAAACAAUUGCUGAAGCAACAAUCUGAAAUUGCCAAUCAAAUCGAAGAUUAUGAUUUAGGAUCCUUGGAUGAAGAUGAUGAAUCUCAAUCUAUUGAUUUAAGUACAUCCGUAACUUCAUCUUAUUCACAAAAGAAGAAGGAUGACCUGUUGGAAGGUAUGAGAAUGAUGCACGAUACUAUGAAAGUAUUGUUAACAUCUUUAAAGUCAAUGAUCCAAGAAAAGAUGAAUAACCACCUUUCACAAUUAAUCUUCAAGACCAUGAAGGAAAGUUUAAUUGAUACAAUUACAAAGAUUAGUCAACCUGGUGCUGUUCCUUCUUCUCCAGGAACUCCUACAAGAAGUAAUCCUUCAACUCCUACAAGAACUACAUCAUCCAAUAGACUACCAGUUAAUAAUUUACAACCAAAUGUUUCUGAGAUUGAUCUCAACUCGCUCAUGACACCACUUUUUGAUUAUUUGGAUGAUCAAUUGGCUACUCUUUAUAGUGUCCUCAAUGAUAGGGUAUUUGAGGUUGUUCUUAGAAAUAUCUUUAACAUGUUAAUUGAUGAGUUGAAGGAAUGUGCUAUUCCUCCUGCUGAUAGACCAACUCUAACAAGAUCUCAAAUUGAAAAAUUCAAAACAACAUUUGAAUCUUUCAUGGAUUAUUUCAAUGCAAAUGGAUCUGGUCUUGAUGUAAAGUACAUUAAGGAACAUUUUGAUUUUAUUUCUGAAUUAUUCCAAUUGAGUUUGACAUCUACAAAGAGGCUAAUUGAUGAAUACAAUGAAAAAUCAAUCCAAAUUGAAGAUGUUGCCAAUCUCAUAGAAACAAUGAAUAAGGAUUUAGCUAGAAAAGAUAAAGAAGAAGAAAUUCAUGAUUUGAAAGAUCAAAUUGCUGAUGCAGAAGAAGUUAAGAGUAAGAUUAUUGUAACAAGUAAUUAUAUAUUUGCUAUUCUGCACAGAAGAGCCAUUGAAACAAGAAAUAAGAGAAUGAAUGACCCUGAUGCUAACAAGUUUGUUACUUCAGAAAUGUCAUUGUUUGAAGGUAAUCAAGCUUUAAUUAAUAGUGAUUUUGACAUGUUCCAAAAAGCACUUAAAACUGCUAAAGAUAAUUAUCAACAAUCCAAACAAUCUUUGGAUAAUUUGAGAAAGGAAAUUGAUGGAUUGAAAAAGAAAUACAAACAUGUUAAAUCUAUGAGAGUAAUUACAAAUGAAAGAAAACAAACAAGAUCUAAAGCAAAGGAUUUGAGAAAGGAAAUUGAAUCUCUCCUUCAUCAAAAAGCCAUCCUUGAACUUGAAAAGAAGAAUAUUACAGAAAUGGUGGAAAAUGAAGCCAAGAUGAUUGAAUCCGAAUUCUUUGAAAUGGAAAGCUCUGAUUAUUUGAAAGAUAUUGUUUUUAGAUUGGAUGCUUUUGUAAGAUCAUGUAGAAAAGGGCUUGCAGGUCAACUUGGCGAAGAAUUCAUGAACUUUUUAAAGUUCCCAACAAAGAUUACUGGAGCUGACGAAGAAAUUAAAUUAGUUAUCACUGAUUUCUUCAGAUGCAUGUACAAAGGAAAUGACGGAUUUAUUUGUAUUUUGAGUUCACCUGAUAUUUGUAUCAGUUGGAUUCCAAUAUCAUCCCUUAUCAAGUUAUUUAAACUUGAUGUUACAAUUGAAGCAACAAACAAGGAAUAUUCAAUGCUACAUUACUUGAAUCCAAUGACUGCAAUUAGAGGAACUGCUAACUUUUUCACAUCAGAACCUCAAUAUAACACUCAAAUUGAUUAUAUCAAGAUUUCUAUAGGUAAAAUUAAGAGUGUAUUCAGAUCUACAUUUGGUGCAGGAGCACUCGAUAAUUCAAUUACUGUUUCCAAAUCUGAGAAGGAAUUCCAAUUUUCAUGUUUCAAAGAUAGAGAGAAGGCAUUUGAAGUUAUUCAAACAUUCAUCUUGAAGAAUGCAAGUGAAUUCAAAGCAAAAGAUUCAUCACUUGUUAACAAGCUCUUAUUUAUUAACACUACAAAGGAGGAUGAUAAGGAUUCUGAUAUUGCAUCUCAACAAAAGGUUAUCUCAAAGAAGGGAUAUCCUGUCUCUGAUGUUGUUAGAAAGACAUUUAAUCUCAAACCAGAAACAAGAUUAUUCAACAAGUACAGUUGUACUGAUUAUGAUACCAAGUUGAUUGGUGAAUUUUACAUUUUCACAGAUUGUCUAUGUUUCACUACAACUGUUAAUAGUGGUUCAUGUUUAAAGAUGAUACUUCCAUACUCUCAACUUGUAAAGAUCUCCAAGGUUGGAAAGAGGAAUAUGAGUAAUAGACAAUGCAUUCAAUUAACUAAUGACAAGAGAGUAAGCUAUUCAUUUGUUAACUUUAAGAAUGUUGAAGAGGUAUUCCAAGAAACUAUUGAAACAGUUAAGAAGUGUUGUCCAGAAGUUAAUGUUGUGCUCAAAGCUGAAAAUUCAAUUGCAUUCCUUGUACAUCCAACUGUUGAAGCAAACAAUGGUCUCUUAAAUAUGGGCAAAUAUUCUAAAUUCUUCAAGCUUUAAAUAAAUUAGGUUGUUU